AUGGAGAAUCCUUCGUCCAAGACCAUUUCGCCUGUUGCCUCUGCCAAUGAUGGUUCCGUAGAGAUCCUCGUCGACGUUCCUUAUUCCCCUCCCAACAAGAUCCGUCAUCGGGAUGUGAUUCAUUACAAUGCUGAAAAGACUUUCGUCAAGCAUACGAUUCGUGACCUCAUUGCUGCUGGUUUCGACUUAGUUGGUCAUGCCAACAACCAAGUUAAAAUUGUCAACAUGCAGCGCAAAUGGAAUAAAUACCCUCCCUUGAAGUUGCUGACUCUCGAAGACAUUGAGGGCCUCUGGUGGAUUAAGUAUGGCAAGGAUGGGUACCGAAUUUGCUUGAAUCCUGACAUCAACGCCCAUCCAGAUCUGGAAGAUCUCAAUCAUUUCACUCUUAUGAAACUGGUUCUUCCCCAUCCCAAGAACCAUCAUGCCUUGACUCGCAUUCUCUGUGACGCCUUUGACUGGAACAUUGAUGUGUACCGCGAGGUUUAUGAUCGCCAUUUGGCUUGCUUGAAUCUCACUGUUGAUGACGAUGGAUCCAUUGCCGAAUCCGAUGACGAUGACGAAAGUGCUCCAUCAGUGAAGGUUCACAUUGAAGGCCUGUCCUGCUUGAAGAAUGACUCUGACUUUGAUACUGACGAAGACGAAGCUGCCACCAAAAAGGAAGACGAAGAAAAGGAAGAUGAGAUUGUGGAGCUUGACGACAAGGAUGACAGCGAGCUUAUCAAGAGUCCUACCCCAGCUGGCAAGCGUCGGUACACCGACUGUCUUUCCCAAGUUGCCUGUCAGUUCGAUUAUUCUGUUUGCAGCAAGGAUGCGGUGAAGGACAUUCUGCUUGAGACUCCAUUGCGCAAGAAGAAGUCCAAAGCAGAUCCUUCCGCUCGUCUGGACACUUCCGAAGUUUAUGGUCUGAGCUCUGGUCAGUCGCCAAGUUACUAG